GCUUAAAAUAGCAUUGCAUCUUGGGAUAGACUCGAAAGCAGAGUUUUGUGAAUUUUUUUGGCUAAAAUCUUCACUCAAUUCGGCUUUCUAUAUCUGUUAAGAAUGCAUGACUAUUGUCAUUUAGUUAAAUAUUUUCUUGAGUAACUUAUCUAAAAUACAAGUCAGAUAAAACGUCUGUAAGUGUUGUGGCUGCAACGAAAAUCGAAAAAGAAAAUGUACCCAAAUAAUUCUAACGGGAUGGGUGCCAAACAAGAUGCCCAACAGAAGCGGCCACACAACUACAAGCUGGUGAUAGACCCAAUGAUUCACCGUGGCGGUCAGAAAAUCUACAGAUUUGAUGGAAUUGACCCUGCUGAUAACACAUUGAUAUCUGUGAAGGAUCCAAGACCUCGGUAUUUAAGAUUCUGGAGUAAAAGAAUACCAGCUGACCUACCAGUCCCAAAAUUCUUGUUUGACGAGCAUUACAUCGGAAUGCCCCCGCCAAAUGAGGUGACGUUCACAAAUCUGAAUGAUAACAUCAGUAGAGAAUUCCUGGAGAAGAUGUGUGACCCAUUUGGGAAAAUGGAAGAAGUUAAAAUAUACUUUAACCCAAAAACAAAGAAGCAUAUGGGUAUUGGAAAGGUUGUAUUUACUUCUUCGAAAGCAGCCAAAGCUUGUGCUCUGAAACUUGAUCAAACAUCAAAGAUGGGAAACAUAAUGAAUGUAUUUGUAGAUCAGUUAGGUACAGAAAGACAGAAGAUAUUGGACAACAUCUUAGAGAAUAAGCCUAAACCACCUUCACCUAAAACCGACCCUAGGACCGGUCUUCCGGUUGACUUGAACGCUGCUUUACGAAUAGAUCAUGACCCAAUCAAUCAAAAUACAGUGCCUCCAUUUAACUCUAAUGCAUUGAUAGACCCAGGUGGACUCGGGUUAAAUCAUCGUGGGAAUACAUUCAUGCAGAAUAAUAUGGAGCAAACACCUUCAGAUUAUAGCUACUCUACAAAUCAUACUGAUCAGGGUUACAUGACAACGCCUGGAUCAGGCAGUUACCGUGGCAACAAUGCUAGUGGAAGUCAGCAGUUUAAUAAUACCAACAAUCAGUAUAAUACAGGAUUCGGAGUGAAUAGUAGUUAUGGGAAUAGAGGUCAGUUUGGUAAAGGAGGUUCUGCAUAUGGGAAUGCUCAAGGUAGUAAUUUUGGGAACACUCCUGGAAGUUUUGGAACCACGCCAAGUGGCAAUAGUAGUUAUGGAGGAACCCCGAUGAGUUUUGAUAGUGGUCUACAACCUACUCCAUCUACCCCUCAAACUCCCAUGCCAUUUGCCACGAACGACAUGAAGAAUGACUUCCCGAAUGUGAAUGAUAAUAAUAACAGGAGUAGGGGGAGAAAUUUUCAUAAUCGUGAUCGAAGAGAUAGUUAUAAUAACAGAGACCGACGAGAUAGUUACAACAGCUAUAAUAGAGACAAUAGAGAUAGAAAUAAAGACAAUGAGUAUAACAGACGCAAAAAUAGUGACUGGAAUAGGGACCGACAUGGCAGAGACAGGGAUAGAAAUCGUCGGGAUUGGAAAAAUGAUCGUACUGAUUAUAAAAAUGAACGCGACGAUUUUGGGAGGGAAAGAGACAGAAAUAGGCAUAGAGAUAGUAGAGAUUCUCGAGAUCGGGAUAGAAAUAGAACCGAUUAUAGAGAACAGAGAGAAGAGCCGCCGUCCAUACCAAAUUAUAGAAACAAGUCUGCUGACCAAGGUCCAGCUUUUCCGCCUCCCCCACCUCAGGAGGAGGUACUUCCCCCAGCACCAGUAUUCACACCCCCUGCCCCAAAGCAACCACCGGUUGUCAGUCCUCCUCCUCAGAUUCCACUGCAGCCUCCAACAAAAGAAAAGGAAGAAGAAGAUACUAGAAGUAUGAGUCUUGAUUCACGUAUCCAGAGUCUGUUAUCUGGUUUUAAGAGUCCAGAACCGGAAAGACCGAAAACUCCGCCAUUGGCUAAAGCACCCCCACCAGACAUGUAUAAUCAAUCUCCACAAAACGUGCCAAAUCCUCAGAUGUACGACCCCAACCCACAGAUGAUGGUUCCAAAUGGUAACGUGUACAGCGACAUUCCAAUACCCGGGCAGCAGAUGCAGGACGACGAUGAUCGUAUGAGUUUAGAUUCAACCGGAAGCACCGGAGUACCAGGCGCAAUUGAAUUGAAUCCAGCCGACACAUCGGUACCGCCUCCACCAUUGAUACCAUCGCAAAUGUCGAGUUCAACAGCACAGGUUCAAAAUUGGCAGCAACAGAAUGAUCUUAGCAGUAAUUACAUACAGGGUUACAUGAAUAACUACCCUGGUGGACAAUAUAACCAAAACUUUGUCAAUCAGUUUAAUAAUGAAUUGAAUAAUCAAAGAUUUGAAUCUGUGCAACUCCCAAAAGACCCAAAAGAAGAGGCGGAUAAACAUGAAGUGACGUUUGAAAAAGUGCUCGAAGAUUUUGUUAAUGAAUUGAAAGAAAUUAUGACAAAAGAUUUAUGUAAGAAAAUGGUGGAGACGUCGGCUUUUAAGUCUUAUGAAGACUGGUGGGAUAAUGAAGAGACGAAGACCAAGUCAAAUAAGCCUACAGUGGUUGGUAAGUCAAAACCGGAAGAGAAACCAGCUUCGGUUGUGGCCAAAGCUGAAGUGAGUUCAUCUCUGGUUGGUCUUUUUGCUCAGCCAGAACGAGCGCGACACCCGUGGAGUAAAGAUGGUCAGUUUGAUAUUGCAGCUGCAUACGGUGGUAUGGGGGAGAGUCCAAUGGGUGGCAUGGGAGGACUGCUUGGUAUCAGAACCGGAAUGCCAAGACUUCCAUCUUUUAAGAAAAAAGUCAUACAGAAGUCACCUGAGGAGAUUGAGAGAGAAGAGCGACGUGAACGGAGGGAGAAAGAAAGAAAGGAGAGAAGGGAAAAGAAACGAAGAGAACGGGAGGAAAAGCAAAAGACGCAGGAAAAGAGAACAACGGAAUCUGAGUCUGAAAAAGACGAUGAUGACACUGGAGAAAAGAAAAGAGCAGCCGUCUCUAGCAGCAGUGAAUCUGAGGCUGAAGAAUCUGAAGGUGAAGCAUCAUCGAAGGCAGCUGGUUCAUCAUCUAGUGAUGCAGAGUCAUCAUCUGCAGCAUCAUCAUCAUCUGGUAGCGAUGAUGAUGAUGACGAUGAUGAUGAUGAUGAGGAAGGAAGUGAUAGCAGUUCAGAGGCAGCAUCAUCAUCAUCUAGUUCUGAAGCAGAAUCUUCUGAUGGGGAAGCAGAUAAAGACAAUGCAAAGUCGGAUAAAAGUGAUGAUAGUGAUGAAGAGGCGGAGGUAAAGGUCACUACCACAUCAUCAUCGUCAUCAUCAGAGGCAUCAGCCUCCGAAGAUGAGGAUGAUGAGAAGAAAGAAGAAUCAGAAAAAGAAGAGGGAGAAGUUAGUACUCAGUCAGAGGCAGAGAUAGACAGAACAAAUACAGAGGAAGAGCCGAUGGAUGUGGAAAGAGAGAAAUCACCAGUAAAACCAGCAUUGGACCUGUCCCCACAGAAACAACGUUCCAGAUCAGAUACCCCUGUGGAUAUAGAAACACCUAUGACAAGUGAAGAAAAGAUGGAGAUUGAACAAUCAAAAGAGGAGGUUACUCAAAGUUCUUCUUUGACAAAGACACAAAAGAAAUCGCCUGGUCGACCUAAGAAAGGUCAACAGACUGGGUUAUCUAAGGAUCAGCAAGAUCGAAACUUAUUUGACAAUUUAAGUGGACGCACUGAUAGUGAAAGCACGUCCACAGAUUUAAGUGGAUUAUCGUUACUCAGUGAGGCAGCAUCUAUGUCACUUCGUGAACUUGUAGAACGGGCACCAGCAAUCAGGAAACCAGAAACUGAUCAAUCUUCUCAGGGUGAAAGUGAUCGUCGAGAAUGGGAUGAAAAUCGACCUAGUUUCUUAAGCGAGCAUGCGUAUUAUGCUAUGCCGAAUGUCGAGGAGGAUAAAGAAUCCACGGCAACACUUUCAGCCGAGGAGGACGAUGAGGAAGAUGAAUUGAAAGGUCAUCGCCUUAUUUGGAUUGACCACAAUUACUGUCAAGUGCCAUCGCCUCAGAUACUUGCUGAAAUGCAGAAAGAAUACGAACAUACACUUGAAUUGGCACGUGCAAUUGAACGAAAGCAGGAAGUGCAGAACAAGGACUUGAUAAGAAAUGAGAAUGUUGAACAAUUAGAAAAACCAAAGAAAGGAAGGAAACGAAAAUCAGACGCUUUGCUUGAUAUCACUAACAAAAAAGACAACAAAAUUAGUCGCGAGUUGGCCGGUCUGUUAGAACCGGUAAAACCAAAAGAAGUGAAAAUUGUGAAAUUUGAGCCUCGGACUUUUGAAGAAGAGAGGCAAGUGUUUUAUAAUAUAUUCAGUCAUGGAAUUGAUAUAGAGGACAUAAACUUUUUGCGGCAAAGUUACGAAAAAUUAUUAUCGACCGAUGAUCCAAUGUUUUAUUGGUUGAAUGACAUUUUAUGGGUAGAUCACCCACUUACAAAUAUUCCAGAUCCAAUACCACCUAAACGUCGGCGGAAAAUGGACCAAGAAGUGUUGACGUCCAAACAUAAAUCAGGUUGUGCAAGAACAGAAGGAUAUUAUAAAAUCAGUAUGAAAGAAAAAGCCUCGUACCUCCAGCAUGCAUACAACCAACAAAAGGCGGUUGAGAAAGCAAAAGCGCUGGAGGAUUCCACAAAAGCAUCGAAGGCGUCUGCAUCGGUGCGUGAUCUCAGGCAUGAAAAUAGACGACUUCAGGUCUCGUUACAAGAGUUUGAUUUCUCGGGUGAUCUCUUCAAGUUUAAUCAGCUUAAGUUCCGAAAGAAAGCCUUAAAGUUUGCACGCAGUGGUAUUCACGACUGGGGUCUCUUUGCAUUGGAGCCUAUAUCUCAGGACGAAAUGGUGAUAGAAUACGUGGGUACAAACCUGCGACAGUCUGUUGCGGACUUGCGCGAGAAGCAGUACGAGGCAAGCGGUAUUGGCAGCAGUUACAUGUUCCGUGUAGAUGGCGAGACCAUCAUUGACGCCACGAAAACUGGAAACUUGGCGCGAUUCAUUAACCAUAGUUGUAGUCCAAAUUGUUAUGCUAAAGUAAUCACUGUAGAUAAUAGAAAGAAAAUUGUGAUAUAUUCCCGGAGAGACAUUAAUGUGAACGAAGAAAUCACGUACGAUUACAAGUUCCCGAUCGAAGAUGAGAAGAUUCCAUGUUUGUGUGGCUCAACGGGAUGUCGGGGAACGCUGAAUUAGAAAACUUAAUCUGUAUUAUAUGUGAAUCACAUAGUUUUAAUAGUGCUAGUCUGAAACAUUGGAAUGUCUGUAUUUGGUUUAAGUUGCGGGUUUAACGAUUGUAAUGUUGCAGAAUCAUGUAUAGGAUUUUAACCCAAGUUGUCAUUCCAUAUAGACAUAUCUGGUCACUUGAGUGCAGUAACAGGUUAACUCCUUAUAUAAGUCUAUAAGAGUUAACUUGUUUUUGCACUAAUGUGAAGGUAUGUUAUAUGCAUCUUUGGAAGUGUUAUAAAGCAAGCCUCUGCCAUAUUUUAACAACAUUUCUAGGUUCUAAGUUCUGUGUAAGUCAAAAUGUAAGUCGAUUUGAAAGAUUAUUUUCAUCACAUGAAUCUGCAUAGCCAGAAAAUGCAAACAAAUGGUAGAACCACUAUUAAUAUGAGACGUGUAAUUUCAAGAAAUGAGUAAUGAUUUUAUUACGUCGGGAAACAAACAAUGUCAUCUGAUAAAAUGUUUUAUUCUAUUAAUAAGAAUGUGAAAAAUUGAUGCAGCUAAACACUAAAGAUGGAGCGCUAGCAAUAUCUUGGAAAAUUAUCCUGGAAUUUCCUUAUUAUUCAUUUGGAUCAAAAAAAAUCUUUGCAGACUCUUGUUUUUGUUUUGUCCUAGAAUGAUAUUGUUGAUGAGUUAGCUGAUGAAAUUUGUUUCUGUUAUGAAUGCAAUACUUAGGAAACUUGGCACAAUUUAUUAAUAACAUAAUUAUUCAAUGAAUUGUAAUCUGAUGAAUGUUGAAAUAAAAAAUUUCAGAAUUAACUAGCAUGCCUCCAGAUUGAUGCUAAUUUUCAUGAAAAUUUAAAAAUUGUAUUAAUGAAAAAUAUUGUGAAAUGAACUAAGAAAACACAUUGCAAAUGGCACUUACAAUCCACAUUUAUUAUGGAAAAGAGGUCAACAUAUGCAAAAAUAACCCAUACUGGUUAGUCUUGUAGUAGAAAUAUGGUGAUAUUUAUCACAAAGUCAGUCAUUAAUGGCACAUAACAUGUAAAUUAUUACUUGAGUUUUGAAUAUUUUUACUGUUCUUAAAAUUUUGGUACAUUUUCUCAAGUUUGAAUUUCUUGAAAUAUUUUGGCUCAUCUGGAGGCAUGCAGAUUAAAGUUUGCAUUAUCAAGAAAUAACAUAAAUUCUUUACACUAAGAUUGUAAUAUAACAGUUAUGAACAAGAUCAAAACAUGGCCAUGAUUUCUAAAUUUGCAUUUUAAUUUUCUUUCAUUUGUAAUGUAGGAAAAGGGGAACAAUCCUGGAUUUAUCCAGACUUGCAAUUAUAAGAGUUGUCGAACUUGGAAAGGGUAAAAAAACAAAUUUAUUAUGUUUUAUGUAGUGAGAAUUUGCCACUUUUGUCCAUUUGUGAAAUAUGGAAUGGGAAAUAAUCUUGGAUUGACUUUUUUCCGAAUUACAGUAAUCUUUAAAGAGUUGUCUAACCUGUACUAUAAAGUAUUCAAAAUUAAUAUUUGGUUCAUUUAAAUGGGUGAUAACAAAACAAAUUUGAUCUUGUCACAGUAUUUUUAUGAAAUUUUGUAUAUUUCUUUUCAAUUAAAUCAGGGUUCAGUGUUCUAUAUGUGUCAGUAGAAAACUUAGCAAAUUAAAUUAAUAUUUCUGUUUUUGAAACUAGCUAAUAUAGUAUACGUUUGAGAGAAUGUUUAAAUUACUCUAUUUAAUUGUUUUUAGAUGACAGUUACUUACCAUAUGUCUGGAGAAUUCAGGGUAAGAAUAUUUUCUAUAGAAAAGGGGUUGUUGAAAACAACAUCAUUUUAAAAAUGGGACACAGUUGCUAUGGGAUAAGUUCUUAUAUUUACUUUUCUUGGUUUUCUUAGGUGCUGUCACAUUAUCCAUAUCUUUUCUGGGGUUUAAAAAUAAAAGAUAAAUCAACUCUAACUGUACAAUAACUGUUAACGUAACACCACCAUUUUGUUUCAGGUUUUUUGUGUAUUUCUUAAGAAAUCCUAUACUUCUGAUCAUUUUUCCCUCUGUUAUUCAUUAUUCAUUCUAUACUGCUGAUGUUAAGAAGUAAAAUCUAAGAGAUGAUAAGAAAGAUUGUCAAGUUAAUUACUCUAGAAAUCCUAGUAAAAUGUACUUAUUUUAAAAACUUAAGUUUAAUUUCAGGCUGUAUUUUUUGUGUUGUUGUGUGAAAAUAUUUCAGUAUUUGAGCUGCGUCACGAAAAAACCAACAUAAUGGGUUUGCGACCAGCAUGGAUCCAGACCAGCCUGCGCGGAGUCUGAUCAGGAUCCAUGCUGUUCGCUAUUAGUUUCUGUACUUGUAAUAGGGUUGGUAAGCGAACAGCAUGGAUCCUGAUCAGACUGCGCGGAUGUAUAGGAUAUAUAUGCCUGAGUAUAGGAAAAAUAUUAUGUUUUUAAAUAUGGCUACAUCCGUCAUUGUUACUUAUAUUUUUGUUUUCUUUCAAACUUUGUUUAUGAAUCUAGACAAGCAUGUUGUCACCUUGGUGCAGUAACGCGUUAAGUCCUACAUGUAGUAGGAGAUAACCAGUUAUUGCACUAAGGUGAUCAUGUACAAUGUAUUAACAUUUAUGUAAUAAGUUUAACCAUUAACUUGUUGGGACAAUAAGUGAUUAGUAUUUGCCACCAGAUAAUUUCAAGAAUAUUGAGACAAAAAUUCUUAGUUAGUCUGUCAACUUUUAUAGAAAUUUGUCGUCCUGGGUUAUUACUGUCCUUUAAUGGUUAAAAAUUAACAUAGAUUUUGAUGUAUUGGACUUUUUGCCAUCUUUUAACAAAGCUGUGUAUAAAAAUGUUAAACGUUAAGUGUAAAUGUAGCAUUAUAUAUUGACUGGCUAAAUAUGCAUUUAUUAUUUCAAAUGCAUGGUCAGUAUGAACGUUUUCAUACAUGUAUGUUAUAGUACUUGUUUUUUUUCUUUGUUUUCUUCUUUUUUGUGUAUCAUAAAAUGUAUUUGUAUGUACAGUUACCUGCAUUAUGAAGUUUUUAUGUUAUGGCGUAAAUGUUGCUAAUUUUGAUCAUAUAUGGAAUAAAUGAGUCACAUUCACUUGUAAAUUUUUACCAUUUGAUUCCAAAAAGAAAAAUUUGGAAGAUUUUUAUAUUUAUCAGAAUAUUUGUGCUAGAAAAAUUUCUUAAUGAAAUUUUGUUGACUAUUUCAAAAAAAGUGUAAAUGAAUUUUUGACUGUGAAUGUGUUUUAAAAAUAAAAGUAAACAUUUAAAAAAAAUGAUUUAAAUAAAAUGAAAUGACCAUAA